CCUCCUGUUCUCUGAAUUUCAUUCUUUUGUUUUCAUUCAUCCGUCCAUCUCAUCCUUUCUCUUUCCCCAAAUUCCAAUCCUCUCAUCAUUUCCGUCCUCGUCUUCCUCUUCCUCCUCUCUCAAAUCCCUCUUGUCUUCUCCUUCAAAGAUCUGCUGCUCUCUCGAGCUCCUCUUCACGGAUCCCUCGCUCUUUCCUUUCAUCUCUCCUGUUAGUCUCUCCUCCUCCUCCUCCUCUUCUUCCUCCAGCAGAACAGAAUCAGUGCAGCAGCAGCAGCAGAGUCACUUCGCUCUGCAACAACCAAAGUGGGGACCUCUUCUUCUUCUUCUUCUUCUUCUUCUUUUUAAAUCACAUUUUCAGUCAUUUCUGAUCCACUUUUCUCCAGUUGUUGAUUUUCCUCGGCCGCUGCAGCAGCAUGACGGCUCCUGUCCUUGCGGCUCCAGCGUGCGGACGCUUGCUCUGCUUCUUUUUGCUUCUCGUUGGAAAUAACUGGGCCACCGUUUCUGUCAGCUUCCAUGGAUGUGACAGUUUUUAAAAAGUGUUUGAUGAUGCUCGACCAGAAGAUUGGCAUCAAGCAGCCGCAUUUCAGCCACCACCGAUGAGGUCGAACGUCUAAAACCUGCAGGAUUUUGGUUUUUAUUCCAUUUUCUGUCAGAAUCUUGAAUUUUUUCCCCCGUCAAAUGAACUGGAGGCUGAAGGAUGGACCUCGCAGACGACUCGAACUCGUCCGUCAACCAGACGUCGUCCUCCUCCCUGGCGAAGUCGCCUCCUCUUCUUCCUCACUCGCAGGCGGCGUCGGUGUGCAUCGUGCUGGUGGUGGCGGUCAUCAUCCUGGGGACGGUGGUGGGGAACGUUCUGGUGGUGGUGGCCGUGUUCACCAGCCGAGCCCUGAGGGCCCCGCAGAACCUCUUCCUGGUGUCGCUGGCGUCGGCGGACAUCUUGGUGGCCACGCUGGUCAUCCCCUUCUCGCUGGCCAAUGAGGUCAUGGGGUACUGGUACUUUGGCUCCACCUGGUGCUCCUUCUACCUGGCUCUGGAUGUCCUCUUCUGCACCUCCUCCAUUGUCCACCUUUGCGCCAUCAGCCUCGACCGCUACUGGUCCGUCACCAAAGCCGUCAGCUACAACCGUAAGCGGACCCCCAAGCGGAUCAAAGUGAUGAUCAGCAUUGUGUGGCUCAUAUCCAUUGUGAUCUCCUCGCCACCGCUCCUCAUGUCGCAGAAAGACAUCAAUUUUGAGGGGGAAGAAAGGAGAGAGAUGAGCCGGCAGGAGUGCCUCAUCAACAACCAGACAUGGUACAUCCUCUCCUCCUGCAUGGUGUCCUUCUUCGCCCCCGGCGUCAUCAUGAUCCUUGUCUACUGUAAGAUCUACCGCGUGGCCAAGCAGAGGGCCUCCACCGUGUUUGUGGCAAAGAACGUGGUGGAGAGGCAGCCGUCGCAGUCCGAGACCUGCUUCGUGGGCAGUGGCGGUACCUGCCAAAGGAAGGGCAAGGCCCAGUAUGAACUGGAGAGUCCCCAACCUGGACACCGACGCAGCUCUUCCAACGUCGACAGCAACAGCAGCAACCACAGAAGAGGAGAGCUGGACGAUAUCGACUUGGAGGAGAGGAACCCGGGCCCAGAAGUAAAGGAGUCCUUUUCAUCAUCCCUGAGGUUCUCCCGGAGAGUUGUUGGAAGAGUGAAAACAGACGACGUAGACGGUACGACAAACAGACUCAAACUGCCCGCGCCGCCACCGUCCUGCGCCUCCAUCUCCUGGGCCUCGUCCGACCAGUGCUCCCAGAACUUCCUGCUGCCAUCACCGCUGCCCGUCCGCAGCAGGCAGAUGUCGCUGUCCAAGAACAAGGUGGCGCAGAUGAGGGAGAAGCGGUUCACCUUUGUCCUGGCGGUGGUGAUGGGCGUCUUCGUGCUGUGCUGGUUCCCGUUCUUCUUCACCUACAGUCUGCACGCGAUCUGCAGAGAGAACUGCACCAUCCCGGAAACGCUCUUCGACCUGUUCUUCUGGAUCGGAUACUGCAACAGCUGCCUGAACCCCAUCAUCUACACCAUCUUCAACCGGGACUUCCGCAGGGCCUUCAAGAAGAUCCUGUUCCACGCCCAUAAAAGGACAUGAGCGCACAGCAUCGGUUCCUGUUCUGCACUGUGCUGUCAAAGCAACAUUAAAGGGCUUGUCACACGGCU